UGAAGGGGUAUAGGGCUAUAGCCGUAAAUUCCCGUUCUCCCAAAUUUCAAUCAAUCACAGGACCCCGAGCCUUCCGCAACAGAAGAUUCUGUUCUAUUCUACCCGCUCUCCUUCAUUCCCCUUCUUCAUCUCCCUCAACGUCGCCUCCAGGAAACUUCGAAACCCGAAUUACCCAUUUCCUCCGUCUGAUCUCUCCUCCAUCUCUUCUCGUUUCGCCGGGGGCGAAAUCCGUUCAGCAUCUUCAGGCGGUUCGGGUUCCCGUGCAUGUUCGGAAUCGCCUCUCCGUCGAAACGGGUAUAGCCUGAAAAUUGGGCGCUAUCAUCUCUGUAAGGGUUCGCCUUGGGAUUGGUUGGUUUGAUUCCCCAACUGCGGAAUGUUCCCGCAACAGAGACGGGCGUCGCCGGAGAUCACGCUAACUCCGGCCCAUAAGGCCGCUGGGACAUCCAAUGCGGCUACGCCAAACCCUAGGAGCGUAGGAAAGGGAAAGGCUGUGGCUUUCGUUCAUGGUCCCAGUCUUCUGCCGUCGGACCCUCCACCUCCGCCAACUGGGUUGCUGAAUGAUAGUGGUAUGGCAGCCGAGGAUGAAGAUUCGGAGGCUUGGAGGCGGUUCAGGGAAGUGGGUUUGCUGGACGAGGCUGUAAUGGAGAGAAAGGAUCGUGAGGCACUUAUGGAGAAAGCUUCAAGACUUGAAAAGGAGCUUUUCGACUACCAAUACAACAUGGGGCUUCUCCUUAUUGAAAAGAAGGAGUGGACUGCAAAACUUGAAGAACUAAGGCAAGCAGUGGAAGAGGCACAAGAGAUCCUCAAACGUGACCAGUCAGCGCACUUGAUUGCAUUGACAGAAAUGGAAAGGCGAGAACAAAGUUUAAGAGAUGCUUUGGAGGUUGAGCGACAAUGCGUGGCUGAUCUCGAGAAGGCUUUACGUGAAUUAAAGGAUGAGCACGUACAGGUCAAGCAUGCUUCUGAGACAAAGUUGGCUAAUGCUGAAGCUUUAGUUGCUGGUAUCGAGGGCAAGUCUAUGGCCGUGAAGGAGAAUAUACAAAAUUUUGAAGCAAAGCUUUCAGAAGUAAACCAAAAGAGUAUAGAAUUGGAUGUGAAGCUCCAUGAAAUUGAAACCCGUGAAUUUUCGAUUCAGAGAGAGCGCCUCUCCUUAAAUACAGACCGAGAAGCACAUGAUGCAAAUUUAUACAAACAAAGGGAAGAUUUAAACGAGUGGGAGAGGCAACUGCAGAGGAAGGAAGAGAAGUUAGGCGAGCUCCGACAGGAAAUCAACCAACGAGAGGCAAAGGCAAGUAAAAGCGAGGGGAUCGCCAAGCAGAAAGAGAUUGACCUCGAAGAAAUGGAAAAGAGGAUCAAUCUGUCAUUUGAAAAGUUGAAGGACAGGGAAGUAGAUAUUGACAAUCAGUUAGCAGAUUUGGCUGUAAAAGAGAAGAGUGCUGAAUCUCAGAGAAGUUCUCUGGAGAUGAAAGAGAAGGAGCUGCAGAGGUGGGAAGAAAAGCUUAGUGCCAGGGAAAAGGUAGAGAUUCCAGAUAUUGUGGAUGAACACACAGCCACCCUAGAUGCUCAAAUGCAGGAGCUUGAGUUGGAACUGGAGCAGAGACGGAAAAGUCUUGAUGAAGAGUUAAAAAGCAAGCAAGAAAAGGCGGAGAAACUCGAAGCCGACAUUCUCCACAGGGAAGAACUGUUGGCAAAACGAGAAGAUGCUUUAGACAGGAAAACUGAGAGGGUGAAGGAGAAGGAGAAGAAUCUUGAUGCAAAGUUGAAAACGUUGAAGGAAAGAGAGAAGAUUUUGAAAGCUGGGCAGAAGAACUUGGAGCUUGAGAAGCGACAAUUACUUACUGAUAAAGAGAGCAUUCAGAAUCUCAACGAUGAAUACGGGAGGAUAAAGACUGAAAUUGCUCAACAGGAGCAUGAAAUUGGUGAAAGGAGCGAAAGCGUUAAGAUAAUGAAUGAAGAAAGAUUAGAAUUCCUCCGUUUGCGAGAGGAACUGAAGAGCGAGAGAGAAAAGUGUAGGCUUCGGGAGGAGUUCCUUAUGAAGGAAGGGGAAGAGUUGAAGCUCGAAAGAGAGAGGUUUGAGAAGGAGUUGGAGUUGCUAGAAGGCAAAAGAACCCAAGUCGAAAAAGAGCUGAAGGACAUUGCUGAAGAAAAGGGAGCCUUGGAGACAUUCCGUCAAGCUGAAGGAGAAAGGCUGAAGAAGGAAGAAGAUGCACUUAAGGAGCAUGCUCAGAGAGAGUUGGAGAAUCUAAGGCUUGAAAAGGAAACAUUUGAGUCUAGACUAAGGCAUGAGCACUCAGUUUUAUGUGAGAAACACCAAAUGGACAAUGACCGUAUUGUACAAGAUUUGGAAUCACAGAGAAGCAGUUUGGAUGCUGUCCUGAUAAGUAGGAAGGAGGAAAUAGAGAGAGCCUUUCAGGAGAAGGAUAGGGCAUUUCAGGAGCAGAAGGAGAAAGAACUUAAUAACAUUGAACUCCUGAAGGAAACUGUUCAGAGAGAAUCGGAAGAAAGGCAAUCUGAAAAGUGUGCACUGGAGAAGGCAAAACUAGAAGUUGUGAAAGACAAGGAAGAUCUUGAAAGACAGCAGGUUGGGAUACAGAAAGACAUUUCUGAACUUGAGUCCCUUAGCAAGAGGCUCAGGGACCAGAGGGAACAGGUUUUGAGAGAAAAGAAUAACUUCCUUGUGUUUGUUGAGAAACUUAAGAACUGCAAUAGCUGCAGAGAUAUAACUGGAGAGUUUAUUCUCUCUGAUCUCCAGCCUCCUGAAAUUGGAGCUGUUACCCUCCCAACGCUAAGUAAUAAGAUGGUAGCAAACCAAGGUCUUAUCAAUGUGUCUGGUGUUUCAAAUGUCAAAAACUCCUCGGCCAAACCUGAUUUGGGACAAUCAAGCCCUCAGGGGCGCAUCUCCUGGCUUCGCAGGUGCACCUCGAAGAUUCUCAGUAUAUCACCAACCAAAAGAGUGGUCUCUCCUUCCAGCUUGGCAGAAGAGUCGACCUCAUCUGCUGCCAGGGUCAAUAUUAUUAGAGAACAAGCUGAGGGACUACCUGGUGCACUUGUUGCAGAAGAUGCUAGAUGGGGUUCAGUUCCUGGCAGGGAGCAACCACCUGCAUCAUCCUUUGGGGCUAGUCAGGAGCACCAAACUGAUGACACUAAUCGAGAUGGAGAUAGGCAUGGUUUAUCUGCUGAUGAUCAUAGUUACAUUAACAGCAAGUUACAAGAAGGUCCAGAAGAUUCUGAGCAGUCGGUGUUGAAGAAUGUUGUGCGUAGACCUGGGAGGAGACGCAAGUCAGGAAUAGGUAGAACCCGCUCGGUGAAGACUGUGGUUCAGGAAGCAAAGAAGUUUCUCGGGGAAAGUCAAGAAGAAGAGCCUGAGCAUAACUUGAAUGAGCAGCCGGGUGAUGAACCUGGAUUAAGUGAGGAAAGUCAAGGUAUUUCCAGUCAAGCAGGGAAGGCGGCUAGCAAUUUUGCUAGGAAGAGACAGCGGGCACCUUCAGAAAGUCUGCAGGAUGUUUCUGACAGUGAAGGUGGUUCUGUUAGUGUAACUGCUGGUGGGCGCAGGAAAAGGCGCCAAACGGCAGCCUCGGUUGUAUCUACCCCGGUGCAAACACGAUACAAUCUCAGGCGACAGAAGAAUGCUCCAGCAAACUCAGCUGUUCAAGCGUUGCCUGCUUUAACAAAAAACCGCCAGAAGGAAGCUUCUGCUGAUGGUGCAGCUGUUGCCAUGGAAGAGCCAGGAUUUAGAGUUGCUGAUGGGACUUACAAGCCUGCUAACCUGGUCCAGGUUACGACACUUAAAGGUGCAGAGACCUCAGAGAACAGGUUAAAAGCACCACUUGGCGACGACCAAGUUGAUAUGGCUAAGUCUGUGGAGAUUGUAGAGUUGAGCGAAGAAGUAAAUGGCAUGGUAGAAAGUAGGAACGAGGAGGGAGAGAAUGGUAGUACAAUCCAUGAGGAAGAGGAAGAGGACUUUGACAAUGAAGAGUCCUCUGAGCACCCUGAUACUGCGGAUUUCAUUCACCGCCGCAACUUCUCCAGGGUUGCUUUGCAGUUCCCUGACGAGUUGUUGAAGGAUUCUAUUAGAGUGGUGGGUGCUUUGAGGGACAAGCUUCAGUUACUGAAAGAAUCAUUCUCUGAAGCACAACGAGAUGGUGCUAAGGAGGUUAGACUCUUUGUAAUGGCAGAUGCAACUUAUGGAAGUUGCUGUGUGGAUGAAGUUGGUGCGUCGCAUAGCGAUGGUGAAUGCGUCAUUCAUUAUGGACAUACGUGUCUCAGCCCGAGCUCAACCCUUCCAGCGUUCUUUGUUCUCGGAAAGGCUUCAGUUGAUGCUACGAAGUGUGCUGAAAGUUUUUCAAAUUAUGCAUCAACAAGUGGAAAACUGGUUCUGGUACUGUACGGUCUAGAGUAUGCACAUGCUAUCCCACGUAUCCGGGAGGUAGUUGUUGCAGUAUCAUCAUCAUCAUCAACUGUGUCCAACCCCACUUGUGAAUAUCUCUUUGCUGAUGUUGCAUCUCGAGUAACCGAUCCCCCAAAGCAAUGUGAAAAUUCUGAGAAGACCCUGAGACCAGACUGUGAUUGUGAUACUAGUUGUGAGGGUGUCACACCUGGUUUUAUAGGUAGCAUUGGAGGUCUGGUCUGGAGUCUGCCCAAAGGACGUAAGAUGGAGGAUUACUCUCUCUUCUGGAUUGGCUCUGAUAAUUCAGCAUUUGCAAAUGCAGUACUGACAUUCAAUGGGUGUGAAAUAGUCAGAUAUGAUGUGGAACAAGGUUGCUUGAUGACAGAUUUAUCUGCGCAAAGAAAGAUACUCAAGAGAAGAUAUUACCUAGUGGAGAAGGCAAAAGAUGCCAACAUUGUUGGGAUACUGGUUGGAACUCUUGGAGUAGCUGGUUACCUCAACAUGAUUCGUCAAAUGAAGGACUUAAUAACUGCUGCAGGAAAGAAGGCUUACACUUUCGUAAUGGGUCGACCCAAUCCUGCAAAACUUGCCAACUUCCCUGAGUGUGAUGUAUUCGUGUAUGUCUCCUGUCCUCAAACUGCUCUUCUGGACAGUAAAGAGUUCUUAGCUCCAGUCAUUACUCCAUUUGAAGCCAUGCUAAGUUUUAGCAGGGGAAUGGAAUGGACCGGAGCAUAUGUUACGAAAUUCUGGGAUCUGAUUGAUUCCCCUCUACCAGAUGUAAGACAUGAAGAUCCUGAAGAGGCCCGGUUCUCACUCAUACAAGGUAGAUACGUCGAGGACUUCAGUUCCAAAGAGAACGUGGAAGAGGAAGAAGAGAAUGGAAGGGUUGUUGCUCUAUCAACCACAAUGGAGAAGGCUUUACAAUUGCGAGACAAAAAUACUACUAUGAUAACCAGCAAUGGGAAGGUAGCUACAUCAGGCGCAGAAUAUUUUGCCACCAGAAGAACUUAUCACGGCCUGGACAUGUACCACGACAGUGGUUCUACAGUAGAGCCGUUCUUGAUUGGCAGAAGUGGGAAGGCAUCUGGUUAUGAAGGCGAGAGAAACAAGCCUGAUACUGAAUUUGAGAAUUAGCAAAGAAGUUUUGGUGGUGCAUCCUUAUAUAGCUGCAGCCCAGCAAGAUGGGCCCUAGAAGAGAUGAGCGAACUUUUGUUGCCAGCAAUUCUGGAUCCCCCAACUUUCAUAUUACAUACACCUAAGAUUAGGGGAGCUUGGUUGAGAAGUAAGGAUUCGUGGCAGAGUUGUUCGGUAGCAAGUAGCAACAGUGGGUGGUGGCACUGUGGUGGGAAGAUGAUGGAGGAAUCCCAGCAGGUCCUUGCAGCUCAUGGAUAGGGUUAAAACUGCUUCUUGAUACUAGUGACCAGGUGCUGAUGGGAGGGAAAGGGCACCCAUAUAUUGAAUGGCAGAUGGUGGUUCUGGAAAACGGUAGUAGCUUUGCUUCUGAGAUGGUUUUGUUUGCUUUUGUUUCUGAGGAGUAUAUGGUUGGUGCAGUGAAGACUUGUGCCUAUAUUACUGUUUCUCGAUUUAAUGAUCGGGCUAUGAACAGCA